AUGAUCUUCACGGACGCCGGACUUCCUCAUGGAAUUAGUCAGAAGUACGCUCACCUGUUCGUGGAAAAUCGUAUGACAACCAAACUCCUUCCAUUUCUGGACAAGGACCUUCUCAAGGAGAUGGGUAUCACUGCCGUGGGCGACAUCAUAGUCAUCCUUCAACACUUCAAAAAUAUAAAGCAUGAAGAGCCAAGUAAAUUAAAAGCGACCGUUACAGUUUCUUCAACGACGCCAAACUUGGAGAAGGAUGUUAAGAAACCCAAAUUGCUUCCAGGACCUUCUGAUCCCGUUGUCAAGGAGACUUCGCCAUCUAGAAUUGUGAUCAUAAACUCCGUCUCUUCCUCGAAACCAGUCUCUGUCGCUCCACCCCCAACCGACAUUGAUGGAAGUGACGAUGAUGCGGAGGAUGUUGAGGUCAUUCUAUCGAGCUCAAAUCCGUGCGUGCGCACAACUAACUUCGCUAAGCCUUCCCCAAAAUCCUCUAUCUUCAACCGGCUGGGUGCUGAGUUGCCGCAACCGUCGGCCAUUCCGCAGCGGCCGAAACCUGUCACUGCCGCCUUGGCGAGAUUUCUCCCGAGUAAUUUGGACAAGAAAACCUCGGAAUCCGCAGACAACCUGCAGCAACACAGCUCUCCCCGACGGACCGGCUUAAAACGGGCGGUAAGUUAG